GCCCUUCUGCCCUUCUGCCCUUCUGCCCUCCCUGUCUGCCCUUACAACCUUGACCAUUGUCAGCCUUGACUUCCAAUCCUGGCAAUCAUCCCAUCUCAUCCCAUCCCAUCCCAUCCCAUCCCACCCACAAAUCCUUCGCUCGCUGCAGCAGCCAGCUCGCAGGAGGGAGUGUACGAAGUAAUCAAUUUCCUCGUGCCUCACACCUCGCAUCUCACACCUCAUGGCAUGCCUCACUCAUCUCGUUUGAUUUCAGCGAUGGCACUGUUCAGAAGCGAUACCCUGCGAGAGACGAAGCAUGGGGUUCCAACCCAGCUAUUGGGAUGGGAUCCUGGAGAUUGGUCGAGAAUCAGUUGAAAUAAGGGAUUCAAAUCAAUAAAUCAAUAAUUCGCAAAAUGGUAAAGAUGCUGAUGCAAGCAAACACAUUUGUCGCUUCUUUAUCAGCAUCAGCUCAGCAUUGCUGCAGUCAGUCACUACUACUACUACUCACAACUACCGUACUUUGCUAUUAGAACACUGCAAUGCACAGCUCAAUAGCCAAUCAAUGCUGACAAUUGCAAGCAAAAGCAUCGAGUGUCCUUACUUACUCACUUACUCACCCAGUCCAGCCCAGUCCUGUCCUUUAAAGCUUCGCUCUCAGGCUCCCAGCAAUCUUCUUGGGAUCCAUUGCUUGCCUUGCUUUUCUCAACUUUGGUAAUUCCUCCUUUGAGCCAUUUUCAAUUUAAUUCUUUUCCAAAAGCUUUUCUCUCAUUGGCCAAUCUACACGUUAUUAUCUGCAACUACGGGUCGCUUUACUAUUCCAGGUAAUUUACAUGUCCGUUAUUGCAUGAAAACAGGCAAAUCGGCUUCCUUGGUAUUAUGCAUCACCAAGGGGAUCGAUACGAAGAAAUACCCUCUAUUCAAUAUACUUCUCGCUACCUCUGUGCUGUAAUUCACCCAAUCGCAACUGCGGAUAAAAAAGCUGGGGACGCAGAGCUCCCAACAUAUGAUAUACAUCAUAACUCACAUGCUAAGUGUUGAACCAAACGCUGCGACUCACGGCGAGCAUUGUGAUGGUAUCCACGUCCUAUGGGGGAUUGCACACUAGUUUCCUCGUGGUAUUAUAUUGUCUCCACAGACUUCACAACGCUAUUCAACGUUCCGAGGAUAGUACCCCUGACGUUGGAUUAUAUCGCUAAAGAAGAAACGCUUCCUGCUCCAUAUUUUCUUGACAAACACCCUGAAUGGGAAAACCCUUGUUUUGACAGGCCUAUUUUAUUUGUGGCACACGCUGAUCCAUAUCUCCCCAGCCGAGCGUCUUCCGAUAUCCUCAAUCCAUCACUUUUAUGUUGGACGCUGCCGCCCUCAUUGUUGACUUUCGAAAGUCCUCAACUUUUUUUUUUUUUAAUCGACAAACACCGAAACAAAAAAGAGGCGUCAUCGUGGCUGCAACGUGCCUCGAUACAGCCUGUUCAUCAGCCCCAUAUCGAUGAUUGCGUCUUCUGAAGCAGAAGCCGUAAGCACAAUUUCUUUUCAUCUAUCGAGUUGGGAUUCCCUUGUAGUCAACGCAUUGUUCGAUAUAUAUCAUCCCCACAGAACGUCGAUUAGGUUCAUUGACAGCUAUCAAUCAUCUCUCAAAUCAAUAUGUUUGGUCUAGGAUCUGCAGGUAUGGGCUCAGCACCAUAUCCUAACAACCACCGUCCCUCAUCUAAGAGGAAGAUGUCUAGAAAAGACAAUACCCCGCCAACUUCUAAGCACCUCACGUACCCGUCUGUCGAAUUCUUCGAGCCAGCCAUUGAUGGACCUCCUUCACCUCAAGGCAUUCGCGCAUACACUGAGCAAAUGAGGAGGGGCUCAGCGUUUGCUGCCAAAUCGAAUACCCCUUCUAUCACAUCAGCGUCCUCUUUCCGCUCCCGUCAAUCCAGUCUCGAUUCCUCCAACAGAAUCGAAUUACAGCGACAAUCGUCCGGUAGAUCGAACGGCAGUAGCAUGGCGACAAAAGAUAGGCCCGAUAGUUUAAAUCUAUUCGGAAAGACAAUAUUCUCCCGAAGCAGCAAAAAAUUUAGACGUAACCAUACUUCAAUGGGAGGCUCCUCAUUAUCUCUUGCAAGUGGUUCUUCCGAAAAAGAUCGUAGCGACGCAUCUAGUCACAGCCCACCACCUACUAGUUAUCGUGCUCGAAAGAAUACCAUCUCUGGACCAUAUAACUUUCAGCACAUCACACACACUCAACAGAAUGAAUUACCAAACCUCAGGGAACUCCCUCCUACUAGAUUGGUGUCCGAGUUUUCAGCUCUCCGAGCAUCUCAAGCUCCAACCAAUGGAAAUCUUAAGGGUAUUAGAGCGAGGGAUUUAAUGUUUGAGAAUUUUUCCUCGGUAGCAAUAGAUUAUGCGCCGGAUGUUGACGCGCCCAGAAGCCCCACAAGCCCAAAGAGUCCGUCGUGUCCUGUUACCCCGCAAAGACGGCCCGUAUUUCGAGCAUCCGUAUCACCACCACAAAAUCAGCCAUGGAGACCUAUCAAUUACUCCAUGUCACAUGAUAAUCUACGGUCAGUACCUGCGCGCCCAAUGAGGUCUCCUGAAUCUCCUCGCUGCUCGGUUAAUCCACCUGCUCGAACAUCGUCAAGAGCGGCGUCAAAUUUCUUUAAUCAUGUUGAAGACUUAGGUCCCCUAGAUUUCAGUCAACCUUUGGCUGAUGCCAAUGACAACCUCCAAGAGUCUGCAUUCGAUUUCACUCCACAAACACAUCCUUCACCUCCUAAAUGGGAAAGAAGAGAAUCCGAGGUAUCCAUCAAGCAUUUGUCUCAUGCUGUCACUACACCUGGCGAGGAAGCAUGGCCUUUAUCAGCACCAUUGAGUGGAAGUUUUGGGGUUGAUCUUGCAGAUGUUCUCGAAGAAGAUGAAUAUGUUAGGACGCGAUCAAGGGAGUCGAGCACUGACGGUGGUGAAUUACGACUUUCAAAGUCUGUUCCUGGUUUGAGAAUGAGGGCACUUGAGCAAGCUCCUGACAUGCCUGAUAUGCCACCAGUGCUAGGAAGACUUGGCUCCAUUGAUACCACAAGAUUCUCCAAAAGUCCCAGCUCGCCCAAGCUUAACUUGGCUACUGAUUCUUGGGAAGAUGCGAUCGAUUUUUGUUACGAAGAUGAAGGUGGUGAAGAUUGGGAUUACGAAUUCGAUGAAACACCCGAAGAGAACAAGCCUGCCAUCACAGCAGAACCUGCUUCACCCACUCAAAUGGAAAGUCCCGAACAAGAUUUGUCACCAGGUCGAUUUCGUCCAUCGCUACUCGUCCCUGCACCUUUUGAUCUUCCCGCACUCUCUCCCUUGUCCAAUUUAUCGAGCGCUUCAUCAUUUCUCCCUACACCAACCAGUUACUUCCGCCCCAAUCAAAUGCGACCUAAUUCCCACGCAUCUUCGUUUAAGGAAUCAGACGGCUUCAAUCUCUCUCCAACUCUCCUCAUUCCUUCCGAUGAAUACCCUCUACAAAGCGAACAAGAUGCUUUGUUCGACACAUAUCACAACGAUGAGGUCCCAUCUGCGUCAAUAUUUCCAAUGGAUGCUUACGAACAACCCGCUUCGCCGAUAGAUGAAGCUCUUUCCAGCACCAAUUCCUAUCGCUCCUCAGUUUACUCGCAUAAUAGCCUCAGGAGCAGCACUGUUAGUAGCCGCUACAACCGAUCCAGUCAAGAUUCGGCUCUACUUAUUUUCCAAGCAGGAAGCAUGAGCAAAGCUCACAGAAGUAUCGGAUCCGCUUCUUCUUUACCCGACCUUGUUCCAUCACUUCGUCCCAAGCGUGAUAGUAGAACACUUGGAGCACUCUCUACUACAACAUCUGACCCAGAGCUUAUUACCAAAGUUUCUAGUUUGAAACUUGAUGACAAUGAGCAGUCUUCACCUGAAGUUACUGGAAUGCAAAGUCAUACCAACCAAGUGCGCAGGUCAUCGAAAAACACUCAGUUUUUCGCUCAACCUCCUCCCCCAAUUUCCACGGCUGUUCCCGAUGCAGCAUCCAGUAUUCUAAGUCCCGUGGCUGAGAGCUUUACCGAUUCGCCUCCAAGACCGCGUCUAAGAUCUGCUCUUUCUCGAGAGUUAUAUGCUCCUGCCUCAGUAGAGUCUUUCAUGUCCAAUCAUGGAAGAAAGAUUUCUGCACCGAUCAUUACUGAAAAAAGCACUCAAGAACGAUCCAGAUCAAGAUCUAGCACAUUGACCAAUGUCGCUACGGCUGGUAAGCGUAGAGGAAGUUAUAAUCUUUUCCCCGCUCCUCCAACAACCUUACCAAAAUAAAUCGUGCUUUUUAAAGUAUAAUGUCGAUUGAUAUACCAUACACAUUAUUGUGUAAUUGUACACUUCUGUACCACAUUACCUAUCACCACCAACACUUGGACAUACAUUUUUUCCUUAUCAAAAACAUUCAGCUCUUUCUGGGAGCUCCACACUAUGACGAUCUAUGAUGUCACGACUCGAUUUCCUAUGUUCUCUUCAUCAAAAACAAAAGCAAAAGGAAACAAAAGUUUCAACUGUUUACUUCAUUUUCAGAGACGGAAAAGUAAGAGGGUGGAUUUCUGUAUCAUUAUUCGUACAAUCGUUUGCGUUUGCAUUUCCUCUGCUUGCAUUAUUGGUAGUUUGGUGGAUUGGAUUAUUUGUAUCCAAUCCCACGCGUUAUGAUGGUUUUUUUUGCGCCUCUUUCCCCGGAGAACUUGGAUAAAAGACUGCAAGCCGGAUUGCAUCUUUUUGUUUCUUGUUUAUGAGCGGCUAUGUGUUAUGAUAUGAUGGUUUUGUUCUCGGUGGUUUGGUCACAUAGCUUGCUAUCUACCUCUCUGCCUUCACACUUAUUUCCUUGUUUAUUUUUUUCUAUCUUUUCUGAUUUGAAUAUGCGUAUGCACUGCGGGUGCUGGUGGAUUUUGACUUUUGAGGAAAAAGGUUUAUAGAUGGAUAGGGGUUUUGGGUUGUAUGUAUGGGAUUGAGAGAUUUGUUUGUUUCUGUUUUUGUUUUCUUGUGGAGAUUUGUAUUCUGUGGUGUUUAUUUCUGGCUGUGUGCUUGCGUUUUUUGUCUUUCUCUGGACUGGGGGACUUAGGCUGUAUUGGUAUAGGGGUUGUGGAUUCCGGCCGGCUGCAUACACUUGGAUGGAUGGCGGCAUAAGCGCGGGAGGUGGGAAAUGUUUGUUAGUAUUUGGCAUUGGUACUGAUGAUGGGGUGGAUAUGAUAUCGGUCUCUGUAUGAUGAGUGUGAACAUGGGGGAUGUAAUUCUUGUGUACCAAGAGGUGAUGGAGAAUACAUUUGGGAAGUACUUAGUUCGAGAUGUAAGAGUCGAUAGCUGUUAAGUUGAAUAUAAAAUAUUAAAAAUAAAUCGCGUGGUCUGUUUUCUGUAUCA